AAUGGUGCUUAAGCGAUCUGGCGGCCAUCGGAUCCCCGGGUGGGACUGCUGCGGUCGCACCAAAAUGUGCUACCGCUGGUCCAAACGCUGGCUGGUGGUGAAGGACUCGUUCCUGCUCUACAUGAAGCCAGACUCGGGCGCCAUCUCCUUUGUCAUGCUGUUCGACAAAGAGUUCAGCAUCAAGAUGGACUCCAAAGACACAGAGACCAAACAUGGGGUUCGAAUCGACAGUCUGUCCAGAGAAGGAAUGGUGCUUAAGCGAUCUGGCGGCCAUCGGAUCCCCGGGUGGGACUGCUGCGGUCGCACCAAAAUGUGCUACCGCUGGUCCAAACGCUGGCUGGUGGUGAAGGACUCGUUCCUGCUCUACAUGAAGCCAGACUCGGGCGCCAUCUCCUUUGUCAUGCUGUUCGACAAAGAGUUCAGCAUCAAGAUGGACUCCAAAGACACAGAGACCAAACAUGGGGUUCGAAUCGACAGUCUGUCCAG